AUGACUGUUGUGGCCUUUGUCAACGACCGAUCCCAACGCGAUCUGACCAAACGGUUUGACAGUACGGAUAUGGAUUGGACUGCCAUUGAAAAGCAACUCCUUAUGUGGACUACUCUUUAUCAUCUUGGCAAAGAGCUCCGGCUUAAGAUUUCCCUGAACUACACCAAAGACAGUUCUCUACCUUUAAAGCAUGAUAAACGAGGGAAAACAUCUAUAAUAAAGCGGAUACUAGCAGAUCGAGACGUACUGAUAGAUGCCAAGGAUACUUCUGGCCAGACCUUGGUAUAG